UCUCUAUCUCAUUCCCCUAUUCGAUUAUUGUGCUUUGCCUUCAUGUGACUUUACCCUGAUAAUAAAAUUCAAUUAAAGACAUGUAUAGUGAUGUUUAAACUGAACAUUUGCUGGAAAAAAUUGACAACAAAAUAAUACUACUUGAUUUUAUUUCUGGAAUUAAAUAUAAAUUAUUUAAUUUUUAAUUUUCACAUGUUUUUUUGUAUUUUUAACAAUAUACGUGUAAAAAGCAAGAGAUAUUUGAGAAUAUUUAUCAAAUAUAAAAUUUGAUCAAAUGCAUAGACAAUGUGCAUUUGACUGACAAGUCCUAAGCAUCCAGAUGAAUCUGAUUAUUCCAGCUGUAAAUUCGCAAAAAUGCGUUAAGGCUCGUGCUCUCUUUGAUAACAUUGCUGAAGCUCCUGACGAACUGGCAUUUCGAAAAGGUGAUGUACUUACUGUUUUAGAACAAAACACUGCCAGUUUGGAGGGGUGGUGGCUUUGCACUUUACGAGGUAGACAAGGAAUAUGUCCAGGAAAUAGAUUACGACUUCUUCCAGGCCAAUACGAUAAUAACGAAGGGUUAUUUGGCACUUCUUUAGAUGACUCACAAAAACAAGAUAAGCGACGCAGUUGGCAUGUUCAAUCAAAUAAAGUAAUAACACCACAAAAAUAUGGAGAUAUUUUUCUUUAUGAUCUUCCAACAAGUAGAUGCAGUGUCGUUUCAUCUUCAAACGAUUUUUAUUUAAAUGAAAGCAACGAUACUAUAGAUCAAAUAAUAGCAAAUAUGCGUAAAACAACAGCAGUUGAUGAUUUUGAUAACAUUGAUUGUUACGAUACACCCCCGAAAGCUAUUCCUGUAAUUUCAACGCCAACAAAAAGUCCCGCAACAGGUUAUACUGUGCCAAAAUCAACAAUUAGCAGCAAAUCUUGUGUGACGCCACUCGAUAGUUAUGAUGUUCCACGACCUUCACAAGCUUUGACACCCAGUAGUUCUACUUCCAGUCUUACAAAUGAUGGCUCAUCUCUCAGUGGAUCAAACAGGUCGAGUAUAACUGCUGCAGACUAUGACGUACCGCGAUCUCGUUUUUCAAUGUCUUCAUAUCAAACGUCUAAAAUUUUAACAUCUACACAAAAUAAUCAACAACAACAAAUUUAUGACAUUCCGAUAAACAAAGUUAAUUUACCCUUGGAUCCUGCUUUAGUGGAUUUACAAAAACUUGAGAGUGAAGUAUCUACUGCUAUCACUAAAUUGUUAAGUUUUGUUAGUCCUGGCUGGAGAACGUUACAAAAAUUAGAAAAGACUUUAAUGGAAAUUAAAUUGGCUUGUCAAAGAUUACGAACUUCGUUGCACGAUUUAACGGAAUUUGCAGAAGGAACUCUUAGUAAUGCUGCUGGAAAGGCAUUGUCUGACAAGGGAUUGUCAAUGAAAUUACGACCAUUGGUUAAAGCAUUACGUGAUACUGAUAAACUCAUUGAAAAAGCUUUUUCAGAAUUAGACAUUAUAAAAUGGAAUACUACUCAACUUUGUCGUGAAGAAAAUGAAACAAACUGUUCAGCGCUCAUCAAUUGGCCAGCUGAUCCAUUAGACCAACUAAUUGCUUGCGCUCGAGUUUUAACAGAAGAUGUUCGUCAAGUUGCCAGUUUUAUUCAGGGUAAUUCAACAUUAUUAUUUAAAAAACAAUUAGUUUUCAAAAAUGUUUCCACUGAAGAUUAUGAUUAUGUUAAUUUGGACUCACGAGAUGCAGUUGUGAAGCAAAGAGAAGAAUUGAGAGAAAUGUUACCUCAAGAACUUGGAAAAAAUUAUGAUCUUGUUGUAGCAGAGGCAGACCAAGCUGCUAUUCAACAUGUCUUAUUAUCGCCUAUGGAUCCUAAUGAUAAGCAGGUUUUAUCAUUUUAUGCUGCGCAAGCAAUAACACAUGGAUCACAUCUUACUCAUGCAAUUGAUGCUUUUUUGCAAACAGUUGAACACAACCAACCUCCUAAGGUAUUUCUAGCUCAUGGAAAAUUUGUUGUUCUCAGUGCACACAGAUUAGUUCAUAUUGGCGAUACUGUUCAUCGAAAUGUACUGCGAAAUGAUUUUAAAACACGAAUUCUUCAAAGCUCCAACACUCUAAAUGAUGUACUUGCACAAACAGUCACUAAAAUUAAACAAGCUGCACAAUAUUUUCCGAGUGUUACAGCAGUUCAAGAAAUGGUUGACAGUGUUGUAGACGUUUCUCAUAUGGCUAAAGAUUUGAAGCUUAUUUUGAUUCAUGCAGCCCAGCAACCUUAAAAAUUGUAAACAUUACUAAAAACAAUCAUAAUAUUUAAUCUCAAGUUCUCAGAUAACGUUAAUUUUAUUACAAGAAUGCGUACAGUUUAACCAACAAUUUUUUAUUUUAAUAUUAAAUAUUAAUCCAUUUUUAUAAAGAAAAUAAUCUUUUAAAUAUUUGUAAAAUUCUACAUUUCAAUUCACGAUUUGUAUCUAUAUAUUUUAUUUUUAAGAAUUCGCACAUUUAAAUAAAGUAAAAAUUUUUUAAAUGAU